AUCGAUCGAGGCACCGCCCCGCGCGCGCAGCAGCAGGCAGCGGAGCACCUGGCUUCCAGGUGCGGAGCUCAGAGGCUCGAGACCACUCAUGCUCUGUGGUGUGGCCGGAGGCGCGUGAAGCUGGAGCAGGCAGUCCGGAACCCGCCACCCCUCCGCUGGGCCGGACCGGAGCAGCCGGCCCUCUGGACCGAUGUGCUGGCCGAAAUGUCCCGACACAUCUACAUACGGAACAAGAUUGGCGAGGGCAUCCAGGCGCCGAUCUUUCAGGUGAACCGGGGGACCUACUCCAGGAGGAGCCGGCUCAAGAGGUCCGAUGGCAGCACGACGUCCACCAGCUUCAUCCUCAGACAGGGCUCAGCUGAUUCCUAUACUAGCAGACCAUCGGACUCAGAUGUCUCUCUGGAGGAGGAGCGGGAGGUCCAGGGCCAGGUCCAGGGCCAGAGCCCGAGCCAGAGUCAGGCACCAGGACAAAGCCGGCAGGAGAGGGAGCAGCAGGCUGCCAUACAGCUGGAGAGAGCCAAGACUAAAGCUGUGGCGUUUGCAGUGAAGACCAACGUCAGCUACUGUGGAGCGCUGGAUGAAGAUGUGCCAGUGCCAGCCACAGCCAUCUCCUUCGAUGCCAAGGAUUUCCUUCACAUAAAAGAGAAGUUCAACAAUGACUGGUGGAUCGGCCGGUUAGUGAAGGAGGGCUGUGAGAUCGGCUUCAUCCCCAGCCCUCUGAAGCUGGAGAACAUCCGGCUCCAGCAAGAGCAAAAGAGAGGACGAGUCCAAGGUAAGUCUGGAGGGAACUCUUCUUCCAGUGUAGAGGAUGAGGUGUCUGCCUCUAUCCGACCCCUCAUAUCCUCAGCAGGAAAGCAGAAACAGAAAGUGACGGAGCACAUCCCCCCAUACGACGUGGUUCCCUCCAUGAGGCCCGUGGUGCUGGUGGGACCCUCCCUCAAGGGUUACGAGGUGACAGACAUGAUGCAGAAAGCGCUGUUCGACUUCCUCAAACACAGAUUUGAUGGCAGGAUAUCUAUCACGCGAGUCACAGCAGACAUAUCACUAGCCAAGAGGUCUGUUCUCAACAAUCCCAGUAAGAGAGCCAUCAUCGAAAGAUCCAACACCCGGUCCAGCCUCGCCGAGGUGCAAAGUGAGAUCGAGAGGAUCUUUGAGCUGGCGCGCUCGCUCCAGCUGGUGGUCCUGGACGCCGACACCAUCAACCACCCGGCCCAGCUCCUCAAGACCUCCCUCGCCCCCAUUAUCGUCCAUGUUAAAGUCUCCUCGCCAAAGGUUCUGCAGAGGCUGGUCAAGUCCAGAGGGAAGUCCCAGAGUAAACACCUGAAUGUCCAGCUUGUGGCAGCUGACAAACUGGCCCAGUGUCCGCCGGAGAUGUUUGACAUCAUCCUGGACGAGAACCAGCUGGAGGAUGCCUGUGAGCAUCUAGCUGAGUACCUUGAGGCCUACUGGAAAGCCACCCACACCUCGCUGGCCACGCCUCUCAACCCUCUGCUGGGACGCAACCUGGGCCCCACCGCCCUCACUCCGUACCCGACCACCAUCUCCGGACUGCAGCAGAGCCAAAGAAUGAGACAGAGCAACCACAUGGGAGACCACUCCACCCCCAACGAGCGACGCAACCUGAUGACAUCGGACGAGAAUUACCACAACGAGCGAGCGCACAAAGGACGCAACCGCAUGUCAUCCGGCUCGCAGCACAGCCGAGAGCAGCAGGACCCCUACCAGGACUACCAGGACCCCUAUCAGGAUGCCUACAAGCCACACCGUAACCGCAGUUCACCGGGCAGCUACAGCCAUGACUCCCGGCACCGGCUCUGAGCCCGUUUCCGCCGUUAACCCCGGGGGCCUCGGCCGGCCCAGUCUCCACCCCGCUGCAACGGAGCCAAGACGGUCCCAAAUUGUGCCAUUUCUUUGUUUCUGUUAUUUGUUUUGUCUUCCUGUUUUCUUCCCCCCUCUCUAUCAAAUCAAAGUCCCCACAAAAUCACAUUCAGGUAUAUUUCGUUUGUGAAGCUGCCAGGGCAACCUCCGUCAAUCGACAGUCGUGAUUCGUCCGCUUGAGAAAGAGGUGCAGAAUGCCAAUGUGUAACUACGAUAAAAUCAAAUGCUCCUGUGUUUCCGGGACCUUUCGGGUUCGUGUGCACUACCAACAGAUUGUGCAGAUUGUGCAGAUUGUUGGCGAGCUAAACACGGAAGGACAGGUUGAGACAGUAGUUGGUGCGCAGGCUUCAAAGUGCCUGGGACAAACCACCGGGUCGGAGGGAAGCCCAUUGCACAGACGCUGCUGCAGGCUGCUGGUGUUCCUGACCCCCGUCCUCUGAGCCCUGUGUCAUUCCGGUCACCAUUUAGCUGUUUGCAUGCCGAGGGGAGUAUCAACGUCUUCUCCGUCCACUCCAUGGAAAGUUUUGUACCUGCUGUCCCGGACUCUCUGCGAUUAGCUGUCGAUACGGAGGUCCAUUUUAAGAAACAACAACAAUGACAAAAAAAAAACAACAAAAAAAAAACGACAUCAACAGAUUGUUUGAAGGGUAGCGGUAGGGUGGAUGGGGGGGGUGUGUGCGCAGAUGACCAUGUUCGGGCUGCUGGUUUUUGCCAUGUGAAAGUCACCUUGGAGACGGCCAGCUUUUCUGUAGCGUAGCGUUAGGAUUUUAUUUGGGGCGUCGACCCUCACCGUCAUAAGCUGAACAGACUCUGAUGAUGCCGGGAUCUUAGCAACACGUGUAGGAGAUGGCAAUACUGCUUCUGUUCUAAUCAGCUAGCACUUAGAGAAGUUAAAGAAGGCAAUAGCUGUAAAGGUAGUGUGUCAGAUAGGAUAGGGAUAGUGAGAUACAAUAGCGAAACAAUACUUGACAGGCCAUUUUUUUGAUGUGGACUUAGACUGGCAUAGAGGGAAAAAAAAUGCUGCUGCGAGAGGCGAUAUAGCAAAGCUGGGAUAUUCUGACUGACGUUGUAAUAUGAGUUUACUCGGAUUAGACCCUAUAAGAGCUUCUCCUGCCGAAGCUGCUGAUUGUUCUGCAUUUAAAAGCAUUCAAAAGUCUCCUAGAGAUGAUAAAAGAAACAUGUAUAGAUGUUGGUGACCGCGUCAGCAACACUAGGCGGUUCCCUUCCUCGUUUGAUUGGUUCAUCACCAUGUAACUGACUUCCAGUGUUGUUGUUUUUUUUAAUUAUAAUUAUUAUUAUUAUUAUUUUCUAACGAGAUUAAAACAUCAGGAGCGUGUGGCCGCAGGAUCACUGUGCAUCAUGUUCACUCUCUGUGUAGCUGGCAUGUUGUCCCGACUGCAGAGCAUGUUCCCUUCAAUCGUAAAAAUAGAACCCUAGUGUAAUCAACUUGAUGUUUUUAGGAUAAUAUAGGGCACAUGUUUCUCCAAAAAAAAAAAAAAAAGAAAAAAGAAAAAAAGAUGGCCCAAAUUGCAGAUGAAUGAUGACCGAGGUUUUGAAACAAUACGACAAAGUGGCUUACAGAAGCUGUAUGGGUUUAUGCCAUCCAGAGGCUAAAUUUGAGUUUCAGUGGAAUGCAUGACACAAAAAGAAGAGCCAUUACUAUGAUUAUUUUUUUUUCUUAUUAAUUCAGAAAGUAGCUGCGGUUACAUGGACAAUAUCUCCUCAACCAGAUUUAAAUCAUUCUGGUUAGAGAUUUGGUUUACAGGGAUGCUAAAUAAAGAUGUGUGUUUACAUGCCCCAAAGCUUUUAAUCAGAAUAGAACUUCCAACAGCUGGGAAGCGUCUAAACUGCCAGAAAUAUAAAUAUAAUCCAGCAUGAGACAUGUGGCGCCCCCAUCAGGUCGUCCAGCAGACUGUAGAAAUGAAACUUGGCUGGCUGGUUUGGACUUCUCCAGCAGGUUUUUGAUUUGCUGGAUGGUUCUGCAGAUUCUGGCUUUGUUCGUCUUUUCAGACAUCUGGCAAAAAUAAAAAUAACUUGUGGUUUUCCAGCAUUUUUCGACCACGGAGGCGUUCAUCAAUCCUUAAAGUUAUCAGCCACAGACAAGUUGUGUUUCUGUCCCGCCUUGAAACUCAUCACAUCACCUGAUGUCCCCCCAUGUGAGACAAACAUUAGACAGAUAGAUAGAUAGAUAGAUUUACUUUAUUGAUUUCAAACUGGGAUAUUCCCAUUUGCAGAAAAAGUAGGUUUAUUCCAACCACAGAGAAACCAUCAGAUUAAGAGUUUACAUGGUUAUUAGACACUUAUUAGACACAUUCUGAAUGAGGUGGCAUUUUUAUUCUGAUUGGGCUUUUAUUCUGAUUAUCAGUGGGAUAUCAGGGUCCAUGUAAGCGCAGCUAGUCUUGAGUUAAUAGUCCGAUCUGUCGCCCCAGCUUUGCUUCUUCUUGGCAUUUUAGCAUCCAUGGGUAGAAUGCGGUUUGGCACUGCAGGACGAUAAAAAAGAAAAAAAAAAAAAAGGUCCAGUUGAGUUAAACGUGGAUGAAGGGUUCAUUUCCUCAACAUGGUGCUUCGACCGGG